GCAUUAGGAUUUUUAUCUUCUUAUGGAAUCGGAAUGGAAUAUGAUCAAGCCAAGGCACUAAUAUAUUAUACCUUUGGAAGUGCCGGAGGAAGCAUGAUAUCUCAGAUGAUUUUGGGAUACAGAUAUUUGUCAGGAAUCAAUGUUCUGCAGAAUUGUGAAGUUGCCCUAAAUCAUUACAAGACAGUGGCAGAUUAUAUUGCUGACAAAUUGGAAAAAACUGAAGGUAUCCCAGUGGAAAAAGUGAGACUUACCGAAAGACCUGAAAAUCUGAGUUCUAACAGUGAGAUUUUGGAUUGGGACAUAUAUCAAUACUAUAAAUUUUUGGCAGAAAGAGGAGAUGUUCAGAUACAAGUACAACAGCAACCUUUAUCUGGAGCACAUAAAGUAGACUUGAAAGUGUACCUGCCCCAUGACUCCUUGGCUGAGUGUACCCCAGUGAUGGAUUUCUCCAUCAGCAUGUACCAGGAGAUGCAGACUAGUUGUAUGUAUUUAGAGGGGAAUGCUGCAGCACCCCAAAAUAAUGCCACUGCCUUCAAAUACUUUUCCAUGGCAGCUGAUAAGAUUUCUAAAUUCGGAGCUGUCUCUGCUGGCUCUGGAGUAUGGAAGGAUUAUAAACUUGCCUUCAAAUAUUUCUACUUGGCAUCUCAAAGUGGGCAACCCCUUGCCGUUUAUUAUCUGGCCGAGAUGUAUGCCACAGGAACAGGAGUGCUAAGAUCCUGCAGAACUGCUGUGGAGCAGUUUCAUUGUGGAGGGGUAGAAACAAGAUUGGAGUGUGUUGAAGAUUAUGUGGAAGGCAAUGCAUUCGCAAGAGUAAAAAUUGGCGAUUACCAUUAUUAUGGCUACGGGACCAAGAAAGACUAUCAGACAGCAGCCACACAUUACAGCAUUGCAGCCGACAAAUACCACAGUGCACAAGCCAUGUUCAACCUGGCAUAUAUGUAUGAACAUGGUUUAGGUAUCGAAAAGGACAUUCACUUGGCCAGGAGAUUUUAUGACAUGGCUGCUCAAACAAGUCCAGAUGCAUACCUACCCGUCUUCUUUGCACUCAUGAAACUGGAAACUGUGCAUUUCCUCCGUGAUAUCCUGUUUUUUGAUUUUACAAUGAGAUGGAAAUGGGUGAAACUGGAUAAUGACCUUGGACCAUACUGGGAUUUAUUUGUGAUUGGCCUACUUGCCGUGUUGCUGAUCAUCUUGCUUAGAAAUCGGCACGCAUAG